AUGUAUCGCACGGGAAUUCACAAAGAAGCAUUGGAUAUCAUUGAAAGAAAAUCCGAGCUCGUCAGCAUGGCGCAAGAACUGAGUGGAAGAGUCGAGGGUGUGAGAGCAAGAAUUGAGCAGGCUGGAAGAGAACAGAUCAUUCGUGAGUAUGGAGAAGGUCCGGUAAAAGUAAUUCUUGAACUUGAUUUCAGCGAUCCGAGAAAUCGAUUUGGUGCUGCGAAGGACAAUACUGCUGCAAGGUAUCCACGCAUUUUCCAGCCCGGGGAAGAAAGGUCUUUUGUAACCAUUCUACUUUGGCCAGAAACACCUCAUUCUGCAUGGACUUGGCUAGAACAGAUCAGAAGGCAUGUGUGGGAUGGAGCUUCCUUUCGCUGGGACCCAGAUGAACCUUUGCUAGAAUUAUCUCCUAUCAAAGGAGACGCGCUCAAACGUGGACAGCUGCAAUUUGAAGAGUAUCACAAUACGCCGCACUGGCACACGGCAUGGUCAGUUGGAGUCAGAAACUCGGCCGAUGGAAAAUUGCAAAUGACGUUGGAUCUCUCUGACAACUUCGACAGCAAAGACACUUGUAUAGGAAGGGUGAUUGAUGGGUAUGAUGCCCUGCAACGUCUGUUUGAAUCUACCAAUCAGAAUGGAGAAUUUACAUUCGUCAGGGUGAAACGUGUGAAUGCGAUGCACAUGACACACCUCGAACUAUCCAACGUUGAACGAUGA